CCACGUCCAUCUCUCUACUUUUUACGCUUUAGACGAUGGUAGCAACGACAACGGAACAGCUCACUGCACUCAGCAGUACAACAGUCGUUGUGCACCCGCUGGUGCUCCUAUCAGUCGCCGACCACCAUGCUCGGUCGGUGCCCAAGGGCUCCUCGAAGCGAGUGAUCGGCGUGCUACUUGGGCAGGACAACGGCAAGACUAUCAACGUCGCGAACUCGUUCGGCAUACCCUUCGAGGAGGACGAGAAGGACCCGAAGACUUGGUUCCUCGACCACAACUACAUCGAGGGCAUGUGGGAGAUGUUCAAAAAGGUCAACGCGCGAGAGAAGAUGAUCGGGUGGUACCACACGGGCCCUAAGCUGCGAGCCUCGGACCAAGAGAUCAACGACCUGCUGAAACGGUAUAUUGCGCGGCCCGUCAUGGUUAUCGUCGACGUACGACCGCACACGGUCGGCAUCCCGACGGACGCAUACUUUGCCGUGGAGGAGAUCAAGGAUGACGGCACGGAAACACGCAAGACCUUCCUGCACGUGCCCUCCGCGAUCGAGGCCGAAGAGGCAGAGGAGAUCGGCGUCGAGCACCUGCUGCGCGACAUCAAGGACUCGACGACGACGACGCUCUCGACGCGCGUGUCCGAACAGCUCGCCUCGCUGCGCGGCCUGCAGUCGCGCAUCGCCGACGUCCAGAAGUACCUCGCCGACGUCGCGGCGGACAAGAUGCCGGUGAACCACCAGAUCCUGUACCACCUCCAGGACGCGCUGAACCUGCUCCCGAACCUGAACGACUCCGAGACGACGGCGAGCUUCGCGUCGACGACGAACGACGAGCUGCUGGUCGUGUACCUCAGCAGCCUCAUGCGCGCCGUCAUCGCGCUGCACGCGCUCGUCGACAACAAGGCGUCGCUGGGCAAGGUCGAGCUCGAGGAAGGCAAGGGCAAAGACACCAAGGAGAAGGAGAAAAAUGGGAAGGAGAAAAAGAAGGAAGAGGAGAAGAAGACAGAUAAGGCGGUGUCGAAAUCGGCAGACCCCGACCAGCCCAUAUAGAUCCUCUUGCAUUGUGUAUAAUAUAUGUACCAUGGCACCUAGGCCUCUAAAACCU